UUUGGCAUUUCAGUUGAGCUUUGCCAGCCGAACGAAGAAGUCGAACUCGACGCUGCGUCUCUUUGCGUGUUGGUUUUCCCAAUACAAAUCUCUCAGUUCGUGUCCGCGCUUUAGAAAACUGAAAACCCAAAGAAGCAGCAAUAUCACUCGCAGCAGCAGCAGCAGCAACUGCUACAGCAGCAACAUCACUCGCAGCAGCAGCAGCAGCGGCAGCAGCAAUAAAAUCAAAACACGUUUUACUCCCGCACAUUGAAAACGCAUUUUCCACAUACAACAAGGAGUUAAUUUCCAAUCGAAAAACCAUUUAAAUUGGUUUAUAAUUUCCGAAAAUAUUUGUGCUUGUGUUUUUUGAAUGAAAGUGUGUAACCAAAAAUAUUGAAAUUUCGCUCAUAAAUAUUGAUGUGUAUUAUUGAAUAUUUGUGUCUUUUACUUUGAAGCCGGUUUCGUUUCUGUGUCGAUAUUUUGCAUUAUUAAUUACAAUUUACGUUCAUCAAGUGGAAACAGUCAAACAAAUUGAGAGACAAUUCAGAGACAAAACAUGGAAAACUAUGUGUGAACGAUAAAAGGCUACUGAACUGGUUUUAACGCAUCUCGACGUGUUUGUUUGGCGGUAAUGUGAUCGGCGAUCUUUGGGAGCAAUUAGAAGACUAAACAAAAGGAGAAAAGGCUUCGGUAAAGCAGCUUACCAACUGGCAGCGCGAAGGCGUCAAAGGGAAUCGAAAGGAGUGCAGGCAAAUUGAAAAGGACUAUUCGCACACUGUGGCCAGCGGAGGAGGAGGAAAUCGAACCGAAUGCAGUAUCUCAACUACGCUCUGCAGACAUCCACGCGACUGCUGACGUACCAGGGCCCGAACCAGGAUCUAUAUCCUGACCAGACAGGAGUAUCCUCCGCCCACGAGGAGGAAAUCAAGCACGCCUGCUGCAGUCGCGGCGCCCAGCUGCUGAGAUUGCGCCACCGAGAGCUGGCUAAGCGACGAGCUCUCGAGGAUCAGAUUAACGCCAAUCAGGAGGAGGCGGAGGAGGACUCUCAGGAUCAGAAGGAGCAGCUGCCGGAGGAGUUGGACAGCGAGCAGGGAGCCGUCGGCGGGGAGCAUCUGCAUCCGCAGCCAGUCCAAUGAAACUUACUCUCAUUUAAUGUCCAACUGGCGCGCAGCAAGCUGCUAUCGUUCUUCAACCGCGACAUGGCCGCCACCGAUGGCCAAAUCAUAUUGGCCGCCUCCCGAUUCGGCGAUGCCACGCCCGUUUACCUGCGCGACUUUUCCAAGCAGCCGCUGCCGGCGGUGGCCAAGAUCCUCAAGGGCCAACACCAGGCGCUGGGUGUGCCCACCCUGUCGGCCCCAUCCUUGCAGAGCACCGCCCUGUUCCUGAGCGCCGGCAAGAAGUACCAGAUCCUGGCCCAGCCCAUCAAGAUCAAGGAGGGUCGCAAGCCCACCAACGUGGGAGCCAAGGUGCUCAUUCCGGAGACCUACGGCGGCUACUUCGAGCUCCUUAGCGAGGAUGGUCGCUCCACGCGAUGCAUUGACUCCGUGCUGGAGCUUUCGCGACGGCGGAACGCCCGCGUCCUGGUGCGGGAGACCUUUCGAUGCCAGCAGAUGAACCGGACCAUCCACGCCGGCGAACUGCUGACCACCAUGAACGACAACGGGAAGUACCUGCAGUGCAGGAACAUCAAGGACGAGAUCAUCAAUCUGCCACUCGAUACCAAAGCCAAGUUCUCGCCGAUCGCCAGGGAGGACAGCAUCAGCGGUGUCCACACCGUCAAGAAUCUGCUGCUCAAGCGGAUGCCAGUCAUCGUGAGACUCGUUCACGGCAGUGCGCCCAAGGGUCUGAAACAGCCAUUUGUGCCCGAACUGCGACUGCUGGGUUGCGUGGAGAUCGACAGGAUAUUCGCGUUGCCACUGCAGAAGGAUACGGAUCUGGUGCCGGUGCCGCUGAACGCCAAGAUUAAGCUGCAGCGAGCCAAGAACAUGGAGCAGCUGGAGCACUUCAUCGAGUACUCACGAUUCCUGGACAAGGCGCAGCGAUUGCUGGCCGAUGCACGCGAUCGCCUGCAGAUCGUCGAUCUCAAGCUGAGCGAGAAGGAGAAGAAGGACUCCAAGUUCAAUAGUCGCAAUGGGGGCAGGUUGCCGGUGGUCAUGCUGCCAUCUGCAGCGGGAAUGGCCAGUGGACUGGCGGAAAGUGGGUAUGUGCUGCGCAAGAGUGCCAGUUGUGAUUCGUGGUCGAAGCAACAGCAGCAGGCACUGAGCAGCAGCGAGAUUGCGGAGGAGUACAACGAGAUCGAUCAUAUAUAUGAUUAUGUGAGGGGCCUGACGCCGCUCUCGAAGGGAUUGGCCCGCUUCGAGCCCAUCUGCGAGUCACCCACUCUGCGCUCCCAUCACACGGACAGCGGCAGUGGCAACUACUGCAGCUUGAUCAGGGCUCCGGUUCACCAGCAGGCCACCACCUCCGGCAACAACAACUACAGCAGCUUGGAGUCGAACAAGCACAGCAGUAGCGGUGGUGGCCAUCAUCCCGGUAGCCACCAUCACCACCACCAUCACGUGGUUAAUCACUACCAUCAUGGCCAUAUUCAGGAGGACAUCAAGCCGGUGCCGCCGCCCAUCGAAACGAUUCCGGGCAAGAAGCCGGCGGAGAAGCGCCAGCGUCCCACUCUACCAAAGCUUUACAUCAAGAAUGCCCACAGUGCUGGGAGCAGCAGCAAUGGCAACUCUACGGGCACCACCCACAGCACCAGUCACAGUCACAGCCAUAGUCACAGUCACGUCCACAGUCACAGUCACGGGCAGUCACAGUCGCAGCAGCAGCCGCCGACUCCCAAUGGGAAUACGGCCAAUGCGGUGGCCAAUGCGGCUGCCUCAGCGGUCGCAGCUGCUCAUCACAGUUCCCACGGAUCGCACGGAUCACAUCCGCAUCCCCAUCCGCAUGCCAGUGUGCAUCCACAUCCGCAUCCUCAUCACGGCAAGGUGCUGACGCCCAACAAUCAUCUGCCGAGCAAGGAGGCCCUCGAGCCGCAGUCGCCUCUGUUUCACAUCAGGUACAAGAGUCUCAGCAGUCUGCAGUUGACGCCGGACAACAACAAUUGCUCCUCCGUGACGCCGCCGACGAUCUCAGCCCACGGCAAGUCAUCAGGAGCAGGCGGUGGAUCGGGAUCGGGAGCAACUGCGUCGGGCACACCGGCCACGCCGGGCACUCCGCCGGAUGUGGUGCUCAAGUGCGGCAGCAUACUGAACGUGCAUGGUUACCUGUCCAGUCCGCAUCCUCUGCCACUGCCGCUGCCCCACAGCCGGAGCUCCAGCAGCAAUAACCAUCACAAUCCGAGGGAGGGUACGCUGGACUCAUCCCGCAGCGGAGGCCGGACAUCGGGCGACUCGAACAAGCUGCCCGAGAAGAAGACCCGCCGCCUGUCCCGGCCGAGAAGUCUGUCCAACCUGGUUUGGGAUCUGCGGCCCUCGAAGGAGAAGUCGAAGAAGAAGCUCUACAUCCAUCACUUCGAUCAGCGGCAGCAGGCGACGCUGUAUCUGUAGGAUGAUUGCAUGGAUGUAUCUCCAGGAUGACGAUGACGAUGAGGAAGUAGCAGCACGAUGAUGAUGAUGAUGAUGAUUCGUUGCCAACUCGUUUCUAGCUGCCAUCGACCCCCACAACACAGAAACAAAAACAGUAACAGAAACAGAAACAGAAAAACACUGAGAAAUAAAACACAAUAAAAGAAGAGCAACUACAACUUUUGGCACGCUGUGUGUGUUCCUGCAGCUUUCACCAUUUAGCCUGCAGCAGCAAUUUUAAUUAAUAUUGAAUUGUGCCUUUCCCUGCUACGCCCAGAAUUAUGCUUUAAAACCAGAUUCCAAUGGAGUAUUUGAUGAGAAUAUUUCGACCGGAUGGAACCACGACAAAAUGAAAGGCUGCCAGCACACACACACUACUCACACCACAAAGGAACCACAAACACAUACACAAAACCAACAUAUAUACACACACAACACACCACACACGCAUACACACAUCAAGUCUAUAAAAUUGUGAUUUUAAUUUUAUGUUUAAUUUAAUAAUUAUUGCGAACCAUCUUCAAAUUGGAAAAACGAAGAGCCAUCAACGCUGCUCAGAAAAAUUCACAAAACGAACUUCAGAAACCACAAAAACUUAGUUGUGUCUACAAGCGAGAUACUUAUGCAUUAAAUGAGUACUGUAUUUAAACAGGAUAGCAAAAGGCAAAUGUAACUAAUAGUAAGUCAAUAUUAUCGAACAACCAUAAUCAAUCAUUUAGAGAAUGUUAUGCAACACUUACAGCUAGCUAAAAUGAAUUUAUUAAUUAACGCAAUGAAUUUCCUCCUCAUAAUUUAAAUGUUGUGCAAACUGUUGAUUGAAUGCAAUUAAACCAUAAUCGAACAGCUCUUGUUUAGUAAUUAGUUUGCUCAGAGCCAGAUACUUCCCACAAUGACCCCCUUGAAAUCCCCCGGAAUAUUGAUUUCCCCAUGAUCUGCUCGCAAUCGCAUUGUCUUAGUCGUUUAGUCUGUACAUUUUAGUUGUAUUACCCAGCUUAUAUGGCCUACACAUAGGGAGUAUAUAUAUACAUACAUAUGUAAAACUAUAAUAUAACUUGUAUUUGUGUCUAAAUAAAUGUCUCAGAAAAAUAAAUGUAUAUGCAAAACAAA